AUGGUUAGAAAUUGCCAUGAAAAUCAACCUGUGCAGAAGGUGAAUUAUGCCAAUCAGGUUGAAGUAACUGGAACAUUGUUUUAUGCAUGCAAUGCCGUGACAGGUGUGAAAUUGAACAAUUCUUGGUAUGUGGACAGUGGUUGUAGUAACCACAUGACUGGAGAUGAAAGGCUAUUGAUAGAUAUUCGAAGGGAUGUAACUUCCAAGGUGAAAAUGGGGACUGGAGAGACAGUUCAAGUUGCAGGAAAAGGCACACUUGUGAUAGAAACCAAGACAGGCAGAAAACACAUUCAAGAAGUGAUGUUGGUGCCUGGUUUAGAAGAGAACUUGCUCAGUGUUGGUCAGAUGAUGGAACAUGGGUAUUGUUUAGUAUUUGGAAAGGGAAUGGCUGGGCCAUCUAAUGAUCAAAGCAUCAGGAUGCUGGCAAAUCAAGACAUGGUUCAUGGACUGCCUAGUCUGGAGAAGGAUUUUGCAGUUUGUGAAGGCUGCAAGCUGGGAAAGCAGCAUAGAGACUCAUUUCCUGCAGAAUCUACUUGGAGAGCUCAGUUUCCACUUGAAUUAGUCCACACUGACAUCUGUGGUCCUAUGCAGAUUGCAUCAAUGUCAGAAAACAGAUAUUUCCUGUUAUUCAUUGAUGACUAUACAAGAAUGGCUUGGGUUUAUUUUCUCAGAAAUAAAUCUAAUACUUUUGAAUGUUUCAAGAAGUUCAAAGCAAUGACAGAAUUGCAGAGUGGACACAAGGUGAAAAUCACUUAG